ACUCGUGAAGUCGUGAGUCGACCAAGUCAACAAAUUACUAAAAAAUAAAAACAUAAUUUUCAUAAUUUUCUAAUAAAAUAGUUAAUAAAUCAAGUUUGUAAUUUGUUAAAACUAAUAUUAUUUACAAAUUGAAUAACAUAAAUUACUUUAUGCUUAGAUACUUUAAAAUUUUCUUGCAUAUACUUUGUUAAUCAGGAUUUAUUAUUGAUUGCACAAAAUACUAUAAUGAAUAGUAACAAAGUGUUAGAAUCAGUAAGAAAAAUUUUAAACUUUUCAAUCAAACAUAAUGGACAUGAUAAAAUUUUUGAAAAGGUGAAUAUAAUAUCAGCUGGAAAUGGCCAAUGUGUUGCUGAGAUGGUUGUUGAAAAACAACAUACAAAUGUAUUUGGUACACUACAUGGAGGUUUUACAGCUUCUGCUGUAGAUUUUUUGUCGACUAUGGCUGUAUUGACUCAUCCACGAGUUGUUUUUAAUAGAAAAAAUGAAUCCGAAAUAGCUAGGUCUAGAAAUUUACGAAUUCAAUAA